GCCUCCGAGGCGAUGUUCCGAUCCCGCAGCGGCGCCCUCCGCGCUGCCGUGCUGCUGGCGGGCGCGUGCGCCGUGGGCCGCUUCAUCUGCCCGGCCUUCCUGCCGCCGCCGGCGCAGGGCGUGCCUGCAGCCGAAGGUGCAGCCGCGGCCGCGGUCGCCGCUGCCGCCGCCCCGGCCGCGAUCUCGCUGCCGGCGUCCGCCUACGAGGGCCUGGACAGCUCCAUGUCGCUGGCCAUGCCGGUGCUCGAGAACCCCGGACUUGUCUGGGUGUUCAUUUGCUCCACCGUCACGAUGUCCAUCGCCUUGGUCGUGUGGGGUCGCAACGGCUUCUGA